AUGGUGGUCACGACGACAACAGCUGACACCGCCCCUGACGAUGCAACGUGCAAGGAUGGAGCGAAGCUGUUCCGUGACGACGCCAACGAGAUUGUCGGCUGCUACAAGUCCUUUUCCCGCGCACUCACAUGGACCCAGGCCAAAGCCCUGUGCGAGCAAGCGACAGGGUUUGCCGGUGAACUGGCGCCCGCACGAAGUGAGGCCGAACAAAGCUUCCUGCUCGGCAUCGCCCCACGUGAGUUUUGGAUUGGCGCAAACUCCCUCGAAGCCGACGGCAUCUGGCGUUGGGCUGGCCUCAGCAUGGCUGUGGCAUUCGACGCGGCGUGGGUCAAUGUGGAGAGCAGGGACUGGAACGAGCGGCAGAACCAAGUCAUCAGGGUUGUCGAGGACAGGGAUACGGGAAACGUCACAUGGUACUACGCCACACCGAACCUCGAAACCUUUCCCGUCGUCUGCCGCAAGCAAGCGUGCGGUCCAAACGAAGACAUUGUGGGGGGCAUCUGCAGCCCGAAUGCCCCGACCGUCUCAUCAUCUUCGGGGCCACGUGCGUGGAUCGCCGCCGCCGUGCUCAUCCCGCUCAUUGUCGUGGCAGCUGCCGGCAUCGUCAUGUACGCAUACAAGUACAACCCUGACCUGUACGACCGCAUUGUGGACGCAGUGUGCUGUCGCACGUGCACGUGCGCGUGGCUGGACGACACUGGCGCAGACCCGCACACCCACGUGGAGGAGCUGAUGAUUGAGAACGAGAAACUCCGCUCGCAGCUCGCCAGCGCACGUGCGAGCUCACAGUGGAACGGGAAUGGACUGGAGCUUGCAGGCAACGGCAGUCGGCCAGAGAGCCGGACAAGCAUGGGCUCGUUCAAGCCGGCCUCGCUCGGGUUGGCGCCCGGUAUGAUGAUGGCAAACAGCAACGUGCUCAACAACAACAACAACAGCAACAACAACGCCAUCGGCAGUCAUGACGACAUUGGAGGUGGCAGCCUGAUUCACAGCAACGGCGCGGUUAUGAGUCCCUUGUCGUCGCCACGCAAAGGCAGUGGCGUUGCCAGCGGGGCGGCUGUUGUGCCGUUUGAAAAGAUUGCGGAAGCGAGCGAGACGAGCCACCAACAGCUCACCGCUGCAGCCAACAGCAGCGACGCAAACGGUUUCAACAGCAACACUGACGACAACAACACUGUCGACAACAACAACAGCAACAACAACAACAACAACAGCACCGGCCAUGCGUUUGCCACGACGCCUGGUGGAGGUGUUGGGGGUACUGCCCUGGGACCCAAGCGGUCGUUUGGUGAUCGGCUCAAAGACUCACGCCGCGCCCCCAACGCCCGCAUCCGCAUCCGCCCCCUGAACACCGCCAACACCAGCACGAGCACUACUGGUGGCGGAGGCGGUGCUGUCGAUGGCACGAAGAACAACGCUGGCAGCACUUCAGGAAACAACAGCAGUGACAACGACAGCAGCAACGGCACCACCAACGCGAGUCGCGGUGUGCGUGUGCCGGUGGUUCGUGGUGGGCUGCCCCCACGUCGCGUGCCCAGCGUUGCCGGUGCCGUUGGCCGAAUUGCGCUUCCAAACCGCUUGCCAAACAACCGCACUGGGAACAGUAGCGGCGGUAGCGGUGGAGGGGGCGUGGUGUUGCCUGCAAGGACGGUCCCGAGCAGAACGCGGGUCACAGCGCCGCUGCCCGUGGUGACAGCAAACAGGGGAGAGGUUGUGAGCCGGAGUGGUGCUCAUGCUACAGUGGACGAAGAGAAGAAGGAGAAGGUGGAGGAUGAGGGGAAGGAGGAGGAAGGAAAGGGGGACAACGACAGGAAGCAGAUGGCAGAUGAGGACGGUCAGGGCAGCAGGGUGGCUGUCCAAUCACAGCCAACAUCAUCACGCAAGGCGGGCAGCAAUAGUGGCGAUGAGAGUGGUGACGAAGGUGACAAGAAGAGCGUGGAACAGGAGCAACAAGAGGAGGAGAAGGAGGAGGAGGAUGUCGGUGGCGCUGACGAUGAAGAGAACGGCAGUCGUGGUGGUGAUGGUGAUGAUGAUGAUGAUGAUGGUGAUGAUGAUGAUGGUGGUGGUGAUGGGGUGGAGGAGAUUCAUCUUGAUCAACCACAGCGACGUCGAUCGUCAACCGGCAUCCGCGCCAAAUUGCCAAACCUGCGGAAGCUGUCUGCUGUUGUCACUCCGGCGCCAACCAGCGAUGUAUCGUCCGUCACCCCAAUACAGACAUCGUACGGUGGCCAUUGGCUAUGA